CGGACGAUACCGACCGUACACCUCUACAGAGCUCGCCCUCUACUACGCCCCUUCUCCGACUCCGGCGAGCCCAGAUCUCAGCAGGUCGCCGCAGACCUCUCCGUCGGCGGCGAGAGGGUUUCGAUCCACCCGCAGCGCCAUGGCCGAGCUCGCGGCGGGAGGCGACCAGCGCGCCGCGCUGCUCGCGGCGGCCACCCUCUUCCCGCCGCCGCCCGACGGCGCGAGGUUCUCGUACGGGACGGCGGGGUUCCGCGCGGAGGGGGCCGCCAUGGGCCCCGCGGUGUGCCGCGCCGGGGUGGUGGCGGCGCUGCGGUCGGCCAAGCUGGGCGGCGCCGCCGUGGGGGUGGUCAUCACAGCCUCGCACAACCCGGUCCGCGACAACGGCGUCAAGAUCGUCGACGCGGACGGCGGGAUGCUGUCGCAGGACUGGGAGCCGUUCGCCGACGCACUCGCCAAUGCCCCCAACCCCGACGCCCUCCUCCAGAUAGUGCUUCAGUUUGCAAAAGAUGAGGAUAUUAAACUUGGUGGAAGCCACUCGGCACAAGUGCUGCUGGCAAGAGACACGAGGCCAACUGGAGAGUACCUCCUUGAUGUGGCGGUGAAGGGAGUAAAUGCGGUAAUAGGUGCAGUAGCAGUUGACAUGGGGAUCCUCACCACUCCACAGCUGCAUUGGAUGGUCCGAAGUAAAAACAAAGGACUGAAGUCUUCUGAGACGGAUUAUUUUUCACAAGUUAUUGAUUCAUUCAGGUGUUUAUUGGAGUUAGUCCCAAAAGAUAAAGAAGCUGAUGUGAUAAACAAUAGACUAAUUGUGGAUGGAGCUAAUGGCAUUGGUGGGUUGAAACUUGAAGAAAUAAAGGCAAAAAUCUCUGGAUUAGACAUUCAUGUGAGGAAUUCAGGGAAGGGAGAAGGGAUACUUAAUGAGAGUUGUGGUGCAGACUUUGUUCAGAAGGAGAAAGUUGUUCCUCUUGGCUUUGGUCCUGAAGAUGUCGGUUUCAGGUGUGCAAGUUUUGAUGGCGACGCUGACCGGCUUGUUUAUUUCCGUAUCGUAUCCUCUAGUGACACUAGGAUUGAUCUCGUUGAUGGUGACAAGAUAUUAUCACUAUUCGUGCUGUUUAUUAGAGAGCAAUUAGAUAUUAUCAAUGGAAAAGACAAUAAAGGAAAUGAAGUACUUCCUACACGUUUUGGUGUAAUUCAAACAGCUUAUGCAAAUGGUGCAUCAACAGAUUUUCUCAAGAACAUUGGUCUCGAAGUUGUAUUCACUCCAACUGGAGUGAAAUAUCUUCACAAGGAAGCCCUAAAAUAUGAUAUCGGUAUCUACUUUGAAGCCAAUGGACAUGGGACAGUGCUAUUCUCAGAUCAUUUUGUCUCACAACUGGAAUCUUUGACCAGUGAGUUUUCUUCAAAGGCUGCAGGUUCUUCACAACACCAAGCUGCUAUGAGAUUGUUGGCCACAAGUCAGCUAAUUAAUCAGGCAGUUGGAGAUGCUUUAAGUGGAAUGCUUUUGGUGGAGGCUGUUUUGCAAUACAAGGGCUGGUCGUUUCAGAAUUGGUGUGACCUGUACACUGAUCUGCCCAGUAGACAAUUGAAGGUUAAAGUUCAAGAUCGAAAUUCUAUUGUUACAACAGAUGCAGAAAGAAGGGUUUGCCAGCCUAAUGGGCUGCAGGAACUGAUAGAUGGGGAGAUAUCAAAUUACUCUCAUGGGCGAUGUUUCGUGCGGCCAUCUGGUACCGAGGAUGUGGUGCGUGUAUAUGCAGAGGCAUCUUCAGAGGAAGCAGCUGAUUGCCUUGCAAAACGAGUGGCGCAGCAUGUUGAGCGCAUUCUUGGAUAAUUUGCCUUCCCUUUUUUUAUCUCUUCAUUUUCCAGAAGUUUAAAGUGUUCACUUUAGCUCAAUUGCCUGACACAUUUGAAGAAUAUCAAAAUCCAUUUGUUUGUAAUGCAACACUACAUGUUUAUUCGAAAUUUUCAGAUUGUACAUACUGUGUGUAGAGCCAUCAGUUAUUGUACCAAAAAAAUAGUAUGAACAGAUUGAGUUCCAACGCUUCUUUUUUUAAGAAAGGAAGUUGUCCGUGCAGAA